UUCCCAUCCGGGGUCGUGGAGGUCUUCCGGGUGUUCCUGACAGGGUUUUCUACGCCGUUUUUUCGGCGAAUUUUUGGUCUUCCGCUUCUUGCUACCGCCCCGAGCCUUCCGCACGCUUGCUAGCCCUGUCUUUUCUUGUGUCGCUCCUCCCCGGCCGCCGAGCCCGGGGUUUAGAUUGCAAUCGGGAUCCGGAGCCAGGCCUAGCCCUUCCGCAGGCCACUACCUGCUUUGGCUGGGGCGAAAGCUACAACCGCGCGCGCCGGACCCUCGCUGCUCGGGCCUUGGAGCUCCUGGGCGAGCAGUGCCGGUAGGCCCUGCUUAGCCCUUCCCCAAGGACACCUGUGAGUUAGGGGGGUUUCGGAAAAGGACGCAACCGUGUAGGCCCAGGUCGGGGGCGGGGCUCGGGGAACUUUUCCCGAAACCUCACUGUUAUGUUUGCGUGGGAAGUUCCGGCAAUAUUUCUUAGACGUCCCAGACUUAUGGGCGGCCCCCAAGCUGCAGCACUUUUUGAAGAAUCUUAGGACCGCUUACUUUUUCCACUCGUUUCCCUUCCUCGCGCCCGGUUCUCAGUCUAGGACCAUAAGAGGAAGACUGUCUUGGGACCCCUGCAUGGUGUUUCAAAGGGUGGUGAAAAACUAAGGUAGAAGAAUACAUGUUCACUUUUAGUGAACAAGAGCAUGUUCCCAAACUCAAUUUUGGGUCGCCCGCCUUUCACCCCAAACCAUCAACAACAUAAUAACUUCUUCGCCUUGUCACCAACUCUUUAUUCACACCAGCAGCUUAUAGAUGCACAGUUCAACUUUCAGAAUACAGACUUGUCAAGAGCUGUGUCUUUACAGCAGUUGACAUAUGGAAAUGUCAGUCCAAUACAGACCUCAACAUCUCCGUUAUUUCGAGGAAGGAAGAGAUUAAGCGAUGAAAAAAACCUUCCUCUUGACGGUAAACGGCAACGUUUCCAUUCACCCCACCAAGAGCCAACUAUAGUUAACCACAUAGUGCCUUUAUCAGGUGAAAGAAGAUACUCAAUGCCGCCAUUGUUUCAUACACACUAUGUACCAGAUAUAGUCAGAUGUGUUCCACCUUUUCGAGAAAUACCAUUUUUAGAACCUAGAGAAAUCACACUGCCUGAGGCCAAAGAUAAGUUGAGUCAGCAGAUACUGGAGUUAUUUGAAGCAUGUCAGCAGCAAGUAAGUGAUUUAAAGAAGAAAGAACUGUGUCGAACACAGCUGCAGAGAGAAAUUCAGCUGUUAUUUCCACAAAGCAGACUUUUUUUGGUUGGGUCCUCUUUAAAUGGAUUUGGUACCCGGAGCAGUGAUGGUGAUUUAUGCCUAGUUGUUAAAGAAGAACCAUGUUUUUUUCAGGUAAAUCAGAAGACUGAAGCACGGCAUAUACUCACCUUAGUCCAUAAACACUUCUGUACUAGACUUUCUGGCUACAUUGAGAGACCUCAGCUGAUUCGAGCAAAAGUGCCAAUUGUGAAGUUCAGGGAUAAAGUCAGUUGUGUGGAAUUCGACUUGAAUGUAAACAAUAUUGUUGGAAUAAGAAACACAUUCCUUCUCAGAACUUAUGCAUACCCCCUACCUGAACCCAUCCUUCCAUCCAUCCAAAAAAUUUACCCAGAAUCUUUUAGUCCUGCUGUACAGCUGCACCUUGUACAUCAAGCUCCAUGUAAUGUUCCUCCUUACCUCUCGAAGAAUGAGUCAAAUCUUGGGGACCUCUUACUGGGCUUUCUUAAAUAUUAUGCUACAGAAUUUGACUGGAACAGUCAAAUGAUUUCAGUUCGUGAAGCCAAAGCCAUUCCCAGGCCUGAUGGUAUUGAAUGGAGAAAUAAAUACAUCUGUGUAGAAGAACCUUUUGAUGGAACAAAUACAGCCAGAGCGGUGCAUGAAAAGCAGAAAUUUGACAUGAUCAAGGAUCAAUUUUUAAAGUCGUGGCACAGAUUGAAAAACAAAAGAGAUUUGAACAGUAUACUACCUUUAAGAGCUGCUAUCCUGAAAAGAUAACUGGCCUGUAUUUCUUAAUAAAAUCUUCUGAGAAAUAAAGAACAAUAGUAACAUCAUAAUGUAUUUUGUUUACCUCCAUCAUGGUUUCUUUUUAAUUGUUCUUGUUUUCAUGUUUUAUUUUUAAGAGGACAUACUUAUAUAAAGAUUGCAUAUUUUAUUAUGACAUUUCCUAAUAAAACCCUUUGAUUUAAAGAUGUAUUUUUGAAAAUGUUUACAUUGAUUAGUAAUAUUAUGGCAUGAAUUUUCAGAUCAGAUAAAAUAUUUUUUGGGGAAUUAUCUGAACAAAUAAAAGGUUUUUGAUAUAACUUCAAUUAAUUAUACCACAUGCUAAUACUGAAGAUAUGUGUGGAAUUUUGGAAAGGGAUUGAUUCAUACAUACUUAACGUAUAACAUACAGUAGAUAGUUUGUUGCCUGUCUGUUCUAGUAAAGUGAAGAUUCAAGCCAGUUAUUCAGUUACUUGAAGCAAAAUGAAAUCUGUUACUUCACUGAAAUCACUGCAGAGGCUUGAAAUACUGGACAAUUGCCUUAAGUCUUCACUUGACUCACCAGGAUAGACUGAGGCUUUGGGUGUGUCUAUAUUAGCAUUUCAUUAGUACCUCACAUGCUUUUGAUGUACUCUUGAGAUUGCUUUAAGUUUUUUGUUGAAAACAGUACAUUUUGCACUGUAGUAAUAUGAGCACUAACUCUGUAUUUUUCAGCAGUUAGUAAAUUGUUUUAAAGAAUUAGUUCAUUGUAGACAUUUUGAAAAGAUUGUAAGUCCCCUGUGCUUUAUGAUAGUUUAGUGCAUUGUGCACUUUUACUUUAUUUCAUGUUUUCUUGCUUUUAUUUUCCCUGUGACGUGAAGCAUCAGACUGGGGAAAGAUCAAAGUUGAGAUUAUAUCCUAUUGAUGGUAUCAGGUUUCUUCUGUAUACAGUUAUAGGAUUGUAAUCUAAACUGGAAUUUUUAGGCGGUAAGCCACUAUAAAAUGUUUUAGGUAAGACAUAAAAUUAUUACAAAUAAAAACUUAAUGUUUGUAAAGAUAAUUUUUUUAGUAUUUUUUUUCCAUAUGAAGAAGUAGUGGUAGCUGCUUAAAAAAAGGCUACAGUGUUUUAUUAAGGUUGUUUUUCGUUUAUGUAAAUAUUUGUAAAUUGGUCAGUGCCUGUACAUUUAAAUAUGAAAAGUAAUCUUGAAAACAAUUUUAACUUUUUCAGAAGGACUGUGUACAACUUCUUUUAGGCCUGCUGUAGCACAGUUUGUACCUCUAAUGUAUUUGGGUUUUUUGCAGACCAAUUCAAAUGCUAAGACUUUUGCUUUUCUUUGACUUGUAAAGGUGCAUAUUUUCCUUUUCUUCUUUAAGUUUA